CGUUUAGGCUGUGGGUGGUGGAAGGAGUAUUGGUUAUUCGCACAAUCGGACGACAGACAGGCAGGACGACGGUAGGCUUUGAGGUGCGACGCUUGACGAUCAGGACGACUUUACCCGAGCUUUUUUCAAGGGUACGAAAGGGAUUCUGAGGGUUAGGAAUUGAUUGGACGGGCUGAUUUUUUGGGGGUAACCAUAGCUGGACGAACCACACGAAUACAACAAAACUCCGACGGCGAUUCAGAGCACAUUAAGCCAUCCACCGAUCGAUCAAACCCACACACUACACCGCGGCGCUGCCGCAACCACAGACACCAGAUGUCACGCCCUAUCCUCCACCGCGCCAGCACCAUGGACAGCGCCACCGCCAGCGGCAGCAGCGGAGACGCCUACACUCGCCGCCGCGAGGGCGAGUCUCCUUACCUCGGGACCGCGAACGGGCACCCCUCUUCCAGCCUGCCAUCGCGAGGAGGGGGUUUCGACGACGACGGAAGAGGAGAAGAUGCAGGAGUGGCUUCGGGCUCGACGCCGCGGAGCGGGGGGUCGGCUGCUAGUCCUGCGCAGCCUGGGUCCCGGGGGCCAGCAAGCGGGGGUGGGGGAGGGGGGACGCAUUUGUCGGGGUUGAUGUGUAAUGUGCACCGUACUACGGGGAGGGAGCCGCAUGCGCUUGUGGGGGCUACGACGACGAUAUUGGGGGAUAAAUUGUAUGUGUUUGGCGGGAAGGUAUUGUCGCGUACGCGCGCGGCGUUGACGGCGGAUUUGUACGAACUGGAUCUCAUCCGGCGGCACUGGACGAAACUUGAGCCUUCGGGGACGGCGGUGCCGCCAAGGUACUUCCAUAGUAUGUGUUCGGUCGGCGACACGAAGUUGGUGUGUUAUGGUGGGAUGUCGCCUGCGACGGGAGCGAAUGGGCAGCCGGCGCCGCCGCAGUAUGGUCAGGAGGCGCAGCCGGAGGUGGUGGUGAUGUCUGAUAUCCAUAUUUACGACGUGCCGAGCAAUACGUGGACGUAUAUCCCGACGUCUGAUACGCCGCAGGGACGGUACGCGCAUUGCGCUACUAUCCUGCCAUCGGCGGCGGCGUUUGCAAAUGCGUCUUCUGCUCCGCUGUCGGCUAUUCAGCAUAACCCCGCUGGGGAGAACCCGAAUCAGGGCGUGCUGGGUGUGCAUAUUGAUGGUACGGGCGGUGCGGAGAUGGUCGUUGUUGGCGGCCAAGAUAGCGCGAAUCACUAUAUCGAGCAGAUCAGCGUGUUCAACCUGCGCUCCCUAUCGUGGACACGCACACAACUGCUCGGAAAGAGCUGCGGUGCCUACCGCAGCGUUGUCGCGCCCGUUUCCGCAACCGUAGCAUCGCGCAUCGGAAAAGGCAACGCGAAACCCGACACCACUCCCGGCCCAGACCGCGACACAGCGACGUCGAUGCUGAUCUACAGCAACUACAACUUCCUGGACGUGAAGCUAGAACUGCAACUCCGCGGCUCCGACGGCUCCCUCGUCGAGAAACCCAUGUCCGGCGCCUUCACCCCCCCUGGCCUACGCUUCCCCAACGGCGCGGUGAUCGCCAACACCUUCGUGGUAAGCGGCACGUACCUCACGUCGUCGAAGCAGGAAUACGCGCUGUGGGCCCUCGAUCUGCCGUCCCUGUCAUGGUCCCGCAUCGACGCAGGCGGAAACGUCUUCUCCACCGGCUCGUGGAACCGCGGUGUCCUCUGGUCGAGGCGCUCGGCGUUCGUGGUGCUCGGGUCGAGGAAUCGCGCGUUGGUGGAUGAUUAUAAUCAUCGUCGUCUCAAUUUUAGCGAUGUUUGCGUUGUGGAGCUCGAGGCGUUCGGGUUAUAUGAGAAUCCGCGCCGUGCUUCCCCAUCAAGCUCUUACGUCUCUGCAUCCGCUGCUCUCCCGGCACCCCACCCCGGCCCGUGGCAGCCAGGCGGACGCAUUCUGAGCGCCGCGGCGGAGGAACUCGGCACCCUGGCCAUGGCUGCCACCGAGGUGGCUGAUAUGGAUAUCCUCGCCGUAGGCGGAGAGCGCGUCCCCGUCAACUCCCGCGUCCUCGCGCGACGAUGGGGUGCCUACAUCGAGACCCUCGAGCGCGAAGGCACAGCCGUGCAAGAAGGCGUUGACGUCGCCACUCUCCGCGGCGGCGAAUCCGGGCGACGGAUCAGCGGUUUGACGAUCACGGGAUCCGGCGGGGGAGGGAGGCCGAGGACGCUGUAUAUGCCGCAUACUGUGCUGACUAUCCAGGCGCUCGUUGCGUAUCUGUACUCGGGCAGCCUGCCGAGGGGCUGCACGCCGCAGGUUUUGUGUAGUUUGCUCCAGGUUGCGCGACCGUAUCGGGUUGAAGGCUUGCUGGAGGCGGUGGUGGAGGGGUUGCAUGGGGUGUUGGAUUCGCGGAAUGCGGCGGCGGUGUUUAAUGCAGCUGCUAUGGGGGCUGGGGGGGGCAGAGGGGUGGGCGAGGGGGCGUGGGAGGAGGAGAGGGGGGGGUGA